AAGGCUUUUAUUUGUGCUGUGGAGUAGGCAAUUAAUCAUAUAUUAGCCAGCAGGUUCAGAGAGAAAGAAUUUCAUAAUCAAAAUGGGACUUAUGGGAGAAGCACGUUUAGGUAUCGCUGAUUAUGUCGUGUUUGCUAUAUUCAUUCUCUCAUCACUUUCAAUUGGAGUUUAUCAUGCACUUAGUGGAGGCCGUCAACGGACGACAAAGGAAUACCUUACAGCUGACAAAAAGCUAAAAGUUGUCCCUAUAUCUCUGUCUUUACUGGUGUCGUUCCAGUCAGCAAUUAUGAUUUUAGGCUACCCAGCAGAAAUGUACAUGCGCGGAGCCCAGUUAUAUAUCGGAAACAUCGGAAUGCUCAUUGGUACCAUUCUUACAACCAGGCUCUGGGUACCAUUGUUUUAUAAACUUCAGAUAACAAGCACAUUUGAG